CGGGGCGCGACGGUCGCGGGACGCGCGCGGGGCGAAGGCGGUGACGGUAAGGGAAAGAAGGAGAAGAACGCGUACGGCGCGACGGUGCGAUUGCCGCAGACGACGUUCGAGAUGCGGGCGAACAGCGUGCAAAAGGAACCUAAAAUGCAGGCGUGGUGGGCCGAGCGCGGGGUGUACGAGCGGUUGCGAGCGAGGGAGGACGGGGCGGCGUUCACGCUGCACGAUGGACCGCCGUACGCGAACGGGGAUUUACACAUCGGACACGCGUUGAAUAAGAUUUUGAAGGAUUUCGUGAAUCGGUGGGAGAUGAUGAACGGGAAGCGCGUGCGAUACGUGCCGGGAUGGGACUGUCACGGGUUACCGAUCGAGUUGAAGGUUUUGCAGAACAUGGACGCGGAGGCGCGGAAGGCGCUGACGCCGAUUAAACUGAGGUAUAAGGCGAAAGCGUUCGCGAUGAAAACGGUGGCCAGUCAGCGGGAGCAGUUUAAGAGGUAUGGGAUUUGGGCGGAUUGGGACGAGCCGUACAUGACGCUGCUGCCCGAGUACGAGGCGGCGCAGUUGGAGGUGUUCGGGAAGAUGUUUCUCAACGGGCACAUUUAUCGCGGGGAAAAACCCGUGCACUGGUCGCCUUCGAGCAUGACGGCGCUCGCGGAGGCGGAGCUGGAGUACCCCGAAGGCCACGUAUCGCAGAGUAUUUACGUCCAAUUUCCGGUGAGCGACGUUCCCGAGUCGACGCCGAGCGAGCUCAAGGCGCUUCUCGACGGCGCGUCUUUGGCGGUUUGGACCACGACGCCGUGGACCAUGCCCGCAAACGCCGCGGUGGCGGUGAACGCCAAGCUCGAUUACUCCGUCUGUCGAGUGGAAUCGACGGGAGCGACGCUCGUCGUCGCCGAAGGUUUACGCGAAGCCGUGGCGAGCAAGUUGGAAACCACGCUCACGACGCUGGGCACGUUCAAGGGUCAAGACUUCGAGAACGUGCAAUAUCAGCACCCGUUCUACGAACGCAAGUCUCCAGUGAUUAUCGGUGGGGAGUACAUCACCACCGAAGCCGGUACCGGUCUGGUGCACACCGCGCCGGGGCACGGGCAAGACGAUUACAUCUCCGGCAUGAAGUAUGGCUUGCCGUUGUACUCUCCGGUGGAUAACGCCGGUUUGUUCACGGCCGAAGCGGGGAGUGAUUUAGAGGGGAAAGAUGUUUUAGGCGAUGGCAACGUUUUGUGCAUCGAAAAGUUGACCUCUGCUGGGGCGUUGCUCAAGCAAGAGGCGUACAAUCACAAGUACCCGUACGACUGGCGCACGAAAAAGCCGACGAUUUUCCGCGCCACCGAGCAGUGGUUCGCUUCUGUUGAGGGCUUCCGUGAGAAGGCUUUGAGCGAGUUAGAUAAGUUGGAGUUCAUUCCGGAAUCUGGUUCGAAGCGCAUGCGACCGAUGGUGAGUGGGCGCGCGGACUGGUGCAUCUCGCGCCAGCGCGCGUGGGGUGUGCCGAUUCCGGCGUUUUACCACAAGGACACGAAUGAGGUUUUGAUGGACGAAUCCAUCAUCACGCACUUCACUGAAAUCGUUCGCACACGAGGGACCGAUGCGUGGUGGGAAUUAGAAGUCGAGGACUUGUUGCCCGAGCAACACAAGGCCAAGGCGAAUGAUUACGUGCGCGGUUCGGACACGAUGGACGUGUGGUUUGACUCCGGCAGCUCUUGGGCGGGCGUCGUGCAAUCUCGCGGUCUUUCGUUCCCGGCGGAUAUGUAUUUAGAAGGUAGCGAUCAGCACCGAGGAUGGUUCCAGUCGAGUUUACUCACCGGUGUCGCGUCCACCGGUCAAGCGCCGUACAAGAAGAUUUUGACACACGGCUUCGUGCUCGACGAAAAAGGAUACAAGAUGUCAAAGUCCUUGGGGAACGUCAUCGACCCGCGAACGGUGAUCGAGGGAGGAAAGAACCAAAAGACAGAGCCUGGAUAUGGCGCCGAUACCUUACGACUGUGGGUGGCGAGCACGGAUUACACGGGUGAUGUGAGCAUCGGUAUGAACAUCAUCAAGCAAACGAGCGAGGCGUACCGCAAACUCAGAGGAACGAUUCGCUUCUUGAUGGGCGUGUUGGACGAUUUCAAGCCAACCGAGGGCGUGGCGUACGAGUCGCUGCCGGCGUUCGAGAAGUACAUUCUUAGCCGCCUGGAUGCGACGAUGCAGGAGAUCGAGACGUCGUACAAGUCGCACGAGUACAGCCGCGUCGUCGCGGCCAUCACCUCCUUCACCACGUUCCUGUCCAACGUGUACUUGGACGUGAGCAAGGACAAGUUGUACAUUGGCGAACAGAACGACAUCAAGCGCCGGGCGUGUCAAACCGUGGUUUCGGCCAUCGUCGAGCGAUUGAUCGCCGCCAUCGCCCCGCUCACCCCGCACAUGGCUGAAGAGGCGUUUCAAGCGUUGCCUUACGACAAACCCGGCGACGCCAUCUCCGUCUUCAUCGCCGGAUGGCCGUCGAGACCCAGUACCUGGGCCUCGAUCGAUGCCGAUGAGGUCAAGUUCUGGGAUUCCUUCUUGGAGAUUCGCGACACGGUGAACAAGGUGCUCGAAGAUUCUCGUAACGCCAAACUCCUCGGCGCGUCGCUCGAAGCCAAGAUCACCCUGCACUGCUCCGACGCCGAUUUCGUCGCCAGGCUCAACCGCGAAGAAAUCGCGCGAGACUUGCGUUACCUUUUCAUCGUCAGUCAAGUCGAAGUCGUGACAUCAAGUGACGCCGCCACCGCGGGAUGCGACUUUAAAUCCAUCGUCGACGUCCCCGGCGCCGGCACCGUCUCCGUCGGCGUCGCGCGCGCCUCCGGAGCCAAGUGCGCUCGAUGCUGGAACUUUUCCAACCUCGUCGGCGUCGACGCCAAGCACGCCACCCUGUGCGAACGAUGCGUCCCGAUCGUCAACGCCUCGCAUCCCGAUUUAGUCGUCGCCGCGCCCGCACCCGCGUCAUGAGCGCCUAGCCGUU